ACGGUGCUCCAAGCCGGCGUCGAAGAGAGCAACAUUGUGUUUGCCAACGUCGUGGCGUGCCCCGAAGGCAUUCGGGCCAUCUUUGCGGCGCAUCCGAACGUCACGAUCGUCACGGCGGCCGUCGACCAAGAGCUGAACGAGUCCAAGUACAUUGUUCCGGGCCUCGGCGACUAUGGCGACCGCUACUACGACACGACGUACUAA